GUAAACAGUUUGGUUAUUUAGAGUUAUUUACAUGUCAUUGUACAAAUGAUAAUGAUUGUAAUACUGAUGGUAGUUGUCAGAGUAAUGGAUGUGCAACAGGCUGGUAUGGUUCUACUUGUCAAAAACAGAAUGUUGCAUUAGGGAAACCAGCGUCUCAAGUAUCACAAUACGAUGUUUUGGGACCUGAACUAGCAGUAGAUGGUGAUAGAUCACAAGAUAUUUUUAGAUGUAAACAGUUUGGUUAUUUAGAGUUAUUUACAUAUCAUUGUUAUAAAUGUAUACUAAUUGUGAUAUGUUAUCUGUAUUUAGGUAAACAGUUUGGUUAUUUAGAGUUAUUUACAUGUCAUUGUACAAAUGAUAAUGAUUGUAAUUCUGAUGGUAGUUGUCAGAGUAAUGGAUGUGCUAGGGGGUGGUAUGGUUCUACUUGUCAAAAACGUUUUAUAUCAAUUGACUGUACACAAGGUAAAUAUAAUAUAGUGAGUACAGUAUAUAAUAAUAUUAAUGGUAGAUAUCAUAUUGAUGGUUGUCAACCAGGUUUUAUAUCAAUUGACUGUACACAAGGUUUUAUAUCAACUGACUGUACACAAGGUAAAUAUAAUACAGUGAAUACAGCAUAUAAUAAUAUUAAUAGUAGAUAUUAUAAUGAUGGUUGUCAACCAGGUUUUAUAUCAAGUGACUGUACACAAGAUCUGUACACUCUAAAAGGAUUUAAAAUAGAUGUUAUACAAGAUAAUGAUGCUUCAGUUGAAUGUUAUAAACAACCUAAUGAUAUUCAACCACCUAGUAUAAACUUCACAGUAAACUGUAAUAAAACAAUUUGGGGUAGUAAAAUCAAUAUCUCAAGAACUAUUGUUAUCGAAAAUCUUUACUAUGCUUUUUGUGAAGUGGAGGUUUAUGUAUGCUCCAAUAGAACAUAUGGUGAAGAGUGUGAGAAGUUUUGUUACUGUAAAGAUAAUAUUAUUGUUAAUAUUUGUUAUAUUACAGUAUGCUCCAAUAGAACAUAUGUAUGCUCCAAUAGAACAUAUGGUAAAGAGUGUGAGAAGUUUUCUUAUUGUAAAGAUAAUGUACCAUGUGAUUAUAUAACAGGAGUAUGUUCAACUGAAGGAUGUUUACCAGGGUAUACUGGAUCAAGCUGUAAUCAAACGUGUACUGAAGGAAAAUAUGGUUUGAAUUGUGGUCAAGAUUGUAAUGACAGACAUUGUUUGGGAUCCCGGCAGACUUGUAAUUUAGUUACUGGACAAUGUGAUGAUGGUUGUGUUCCAGGAUAUAAUGGUAUAGACUGUAAACAAGAUCUAUACGCUCUAAAAGGCUUUAAAAUAGAUGUUAUACAAGAUAAUGGCGAUUCAGUUGAAUGUUAUAAACAACCUAAUGAUAUUCAACCAUCUAGUAUAAACUUCACAGUAAACUGUAAUAAAACAAUUUGGGGUAGUAAAAUCAAUAUCUCAAGUACUAUUGAUAUCGAAAAUCUUUUCUAUGGUUUUUGUGAAGUGGAGGUUUAUGUAUGCUCCAAUAGAACAUAUGGUAAAGAGUGUGAGAAGUUUUGUUAUUGUAAAGAUAAUGUUAUUGUAAAUAUGUUUUAUAUUACAGUAUGCUCCAAUAGAACAUAUGGUAAAGAGUGUGAGAAGUUUUGUUAUUGUAAAGAUAAUGUUAUUGUAAAUAUGUUUUAUAUUACAGUAUGCUCUAAUAGAACAUAUGUAUGCUCCAAUAGAACAUAUGGUAAAGAGUGUGAGAAGUUUUGUUAUUGUAAAGAUAAUGUACCAUGUGAUUAUAUAACAGGAGUAUGUUCAACUGAAGGAUGUUUACCAUUGUAUACUGGAUCAAGCUGUAAUCAGGCUUUUGUUUCAGUGUGUACUGAAGGAAAAUAUGGUUUGAAUUGUGGUCAAGAUUGUAUUGACAGACAUUGUUUGGGAUCCCAGCAGACUUGUAAUUUAGUUACUGGGAAAUGUGAUGAUGGUUGUGUUCCAGGAUAUAAUGGUAUAGACUGUACACAAGAAUGUCCAACUAGAACUUAUGGUAGCAAUUGUUCACAACUUUGUUCCAACAACUGUUUAAAUCUAGAAUGUAACAAUAUGAAUGGUAUAUGUAUCGGUGGAUGUAAACCAGGUUUUAAAUCAGAACUUUGUAACCAGAUGUGUGAUAAGACAAUAUAUGGUAUAAACUGUAGUAGAUCCUGUAAUGAUAGAAAUUGUAAUGGUUCCACUGAAUGUAAUCAUAUCACAGGAAAUUGUACAGCGGGUUGUAAACCUGGUUUUAGUGGUGUUGAUUGUACAGAACAUUGCCCCGAAGCUUCAUACGGCAAAGAGUGUUCGAAAAUGUGUACAGAUAGAAAUUGUUUACAGAAUCAAACUUGUGACAGUAUGAAUGGCACUUGUGUUGAUGGUUGUAAACCAGGUUUUAUAUCAGCUGACUGUACACAAGGUAAAUAUAAUAUAGUGAAUACAGUAUAUAAUAGUAUUAAUGGUAGAUAUAUUGAAGGAUGUCAACCAGGUUUUAUAUCAAUUGACUGUACAGAAAGAAAUUAUAUUAAUGGUCGUCAACCUGGUUUUAUAUCAAUUGACAGUACACAAGGUUUUAUAUCAAUUGACUGUACACAUGGUAAAUAUAAUAUAGUAUGUACAGUAUAUAAUAAUAUUAAUGGUAGAUAUUAUAUUCAUGGUUGUAAACCAGGUUUUAUAUCAAUUGAUUGUACACAAGGUAAAUAUAAUAUAGUGAGUACAGUAUAUAAUAGUAUUAAUGGUAGAUAUUAUAUUGAUGGUUGUCAACCAGGUUUUAUAUCAAUUGACUGUAAACAAGGUUUUAUAUCAAUUGACAGUACACAAGGUAAAUAUAAUAUAGUGAGUACAGUAUAUAAUACUAUUAAUGGUAGAAAUUAUAUUAAUGGUCGUCAACCAGGUUUUAUAUCAAUUGACUGUACACAAGGUUUUAUAUCAAUUGACUGUACACAAGGUAAAUAUAAUAUAGUGAGUACACUAUAUAAUGAUAGUAAUGGUAGGUAUUAUAUUGAUGGUUGUAAACCAGGUUUUAUAUCAACUGACUGUACACAAGGUAAAUAUAACAUAGUGAGUACAGUAUAUAAUAAUAUUAAUGGUAGAUAUUAUAUUGAUGGUUGUCAACCAGGUUUUAUAUCAGUUGACUGUACACAAGGUAAAUAUAAUAUAGUGAGUACAGUAUAUAAUAAUAUUAAUGGUAGAUAUUAUAUUGAUGGUUGUAAACCAGGUUUUAUAUCAAUUGACUGUACACAAGGUAAAUAUAAUAUAGUGAGUACAGUAUAUAAUAAUAUUAAUGGUAGAUAUUAUAUUGAUGGUUGUAAACCAGGUUUUAUAUCAAUUGACUGUAAACAUGGUAAAUAUAAUAUAGUGAGUACAGUAUAUAAUAAUAUUAAUGUUAGAUAUCAUAUUGAUGGUUGUAAACCAGGUUUUAUAUCAACUGACUGUACACAAGAUUGUGAUGAUGGAUUCUAUGGUGAAAACUGUAAUAAGAAAUGUUCAGAGAGAAAUUGUAUAAAUAACAGUACAGUUUGUAAUAAAGUUGAUGGUAGUUGUAAUGGUGAAUGUCUAGAUGGUUAUAGUGGUAUAGACUGCAGCCGUUCUAGUUUAGCUUCUAUUCCUAAUAAUGCAGAACCUGCAGAUGAUAAUGAAACCUCCAUCAUUAUAGGAGUUUUUGUUGCGAUUAUUAUUGUCUUGGUAGCAAUAAUUGUAGGUGUCUGUGUAUACUUUAAAAAAAGAAAAUCGUUUCCAUCUUCAAGUAUCAAAGAUCCACCAGUAGUAAAUUUCAAUGCUACAACACCUACAGCUGGUCAUAUCUAUAUCAAUGAUACAGUAGAAAAUGAUUUAACUGAACAGUCAAAUGUUAACCAUUACAGUUCAUUAGGAGUUGCUUAUGUGAAUGAAAAUCCAUAUGAACAGAUUAAAAAGUGA